GAAGAAACGUAUUUGUUGACGGCUGUUAUGACAACAACGUUUGUGUAAUUUCAUGUGUUUUAAGGACAGGAAAUAGUAUUUAUUUGUAUAUUUUGAGAAGAAUAAUUUAUCGAUAUGUUUAGUGACGAGCAUCAAAUGUCUGUGAGUAUUGAGUCGUCAUGGACAAAAUGUCAGCAUUUGGCCCAGGAAUCGAGAGGCUGUCAGACCAGAGUGAUUGACAGCACUGAAGCAGGAGUACAAAGUGUGUGUAGUGUGAUGAGAAGUACUCAGACUGAUCAGCAGGAUCAUUUAAGUCCAAAGGUCCUUCAGGAUCAACAACACGAGCUUCAUUCCGAGGGCCUGAAGGAGUUUGUGCGCCGCGUGGAAGCCGCCGUCAUCAGAGAGCUGGUCAGGAACGCCAAGAGUCACGCUUUUGAUGACUUUCAGGUCAACUGGGAAGAACGCAAUCAGAAGGUGUUGUGUCUUCACCAACUUCAACAUCCCAAGGCCGUAGAGCGAUGUCUUCACGUGACGAGCGUAUCGUGGACCUGUACCGGAGCGUCCAUCGCCUGUGCUUAUGGCCGGAUGGCGGAAGGGGACUGGAACCAGGACAAGUCCUACGUUUGCAUGUGGAACUUAGACCAUGGAGGUCUGAAGCCUCAACAAGCGGAUGUGGUCAUCAAUGUUUCUACGGCAGUGACGUGUCUGUGCUGCCACCCCAAGCAGCCGGCCCUCAUCGCGGGUGGUUUGUACAGCGGAGAAGUGCUGGUCUGGGACACCAGUCAGACUACAGAUCCGGUGCUGGCACAAACUGGCAUGUCAGCAGACAGUCACAGAGAACCUGUUUGUCAGGUGACGUGGGUGCCCCUGAACACCAAAGGAGAGUUUGGUGUUCUGAGUGCAUGUUCAGGAGGAAGACUUCUGCUGUGGACUUUAAAUUCCGAGCAAGGAAGAUUUGAUGUGAAAUCAGCUUUUAUUUUGAUCCAACAACAGAUUCCUUCCUGCGGCACCAACUUCAAAGUCCAAGGAAAUGUCACAGUGGGCGUCACCUCCAUGGAUCUGUCCACCUGGGACCCAGACACUCUGAUUGUUGGUUCUGAGGGCGGUCUUCUGCUGAGAUGCUCUCUGUCCUCACAAACACCCGCUGCUCUUCCACCUGAAAGUCAAAGUGUUCCACUGAGAGCUCCCGCGGUCUUCUCCUUCAGACCUGGCAGCGGCCCUGUCCACUCCAUACACUGCUCACCUUUUCACAGGAAUCUGUUUCUGAGUGCAGGGACAGAUGGUCUAACUCACCUGCAUUCUCUGCUGCAAAACAACCCUCUGCUGUCACUACGAGUGUCUGACACUUACGUCUUCAAAGUGCAGUGGUCUCCUAGCCGACCUUUGGUCUUUGCUGCAGCCACUGGACAAGGUGAGGUGCAAAUAUUCGACCUGAGUGGAAGAUCACUAAGACCAGCAGCCACCAUCGGUCCAGAAGGCGUCCAGAAGGCUGCCACGUGUUUGGCCUUCAACGGGCAGAACGGCGGCCUCCUGGCUGUAGGAGGAAGUGACGGCAUGGUCAGCGUUUGGAAACUCAGCACGGAUUUGAGCGAGCAGAAGCCCUCAGAGACUCACUUCCUGGAGCAGAUAGCCAAUCAAGCAGCAGAAUGAUCAAUGGCAGCUUUGAAGGGGGCCUUGCUCAUGAAUAUCAACAACCGUGCACACAAUUAAUGUGACAAGCUACAAGCUAAAUCUUGGUUUAUUACAUGUUUUGUGGUCCUGGUCUUCUUCUAUUCACAUUUACACUUCCUACUCUUAAUCAUAGAUUAUGGAUAGAUUUUGUUCGCUGGACAUCAAGGGUCUAAAUCAGGGGUCUUCAACGUUUUCCAGGCCAAGGACCCGCAAACUUUACACAAGUACACUAAUCACUAGGUGACAACUAAAUCAAGGGACCAUAUAUAAAUGUGAAGGUUACUUUUUUUGUGGGUUUUCUUUUCUUCUUUCUCUUUGUGUAGAUUAUAUUUUCAAUCUUCCUGUAAACAUGACUCACCUUUACUUGGUUUUCUGGAAAAUGUAUAAAAAUAUAUUUGAUAAAAAGUGCAAAAUCUCUCUUCCCUGGGCAUGCACCCCUCAUCUUGUUAGAGGAUACAUUGUCUAUGUCCAGACUAGAUGUGAUCAUGUGAUCAAUGUAAGAGGAUGGAUGACAGGUGAGACGUCUUCGAACACAAACUCAGCACUUCACUUGCCAUCCAUUGGAGGCCCUGAGAAUACAAUAACCUCAUGAACGACAAUAUCCAUAAACACGUACAUAGUCAAUUGCAACAUUCUUUGAUGUGUACUUAGUAAAUUGUGAUAUUUGUUGUGUACAUAAUUGUAACAUUUGAUGUAUACGUACUAAAUUGUAACAUUAUUUUGUGUACAUAGUUAAUAAAUUGUAACAUUUGAUGAUUAUUUACAUAGUUAAACUAACAUUUGAU